GGAGCAGCGCGUGGACUCGGGGGGGUCCCGCACGCAACUUUGUCCGACGAGGGCGGGGGUCGCGAUCUGGGGAGCCUCCACACCCUAUUUCUGCAUAUUUCUGCACCGGGGGUGAUGACCCUUUCCACCGUGUGGGACAGCUUUCAGAGCCAUUGCCCUGUGUACAGAAAUAUUGACUCUUUCGGGUUCUAUCAACUCUUCUGUUACUGCAAGGCCAGGAUGGAUGUGAAGAACCUGAAGGAGUACCUGCACUGGCUGUACUACCAGUACCUGCUCAUCACGGGUAUCUACGUCCUUGAGCCCUGGGAACAGUCCAUCUUCAACACUGUCCUCUUAACCAUGGUGGCCAUGAUCAUCUACACUUCCUACGUCUUUGUGCCCAUUCACGUGCGCCUCGCGCUCGAGUUCUUCUCUGGGCUCUGCGGGGGUCAACCGGAGAGCACGGUGGCCUUGAUGAACUAGCGGAGCCGCCGCCAGGUGGAAGGGCCACCCACCGUCUGGUGUGUGGAAGACAGAGAGAACGUUAAUGCAAACGUGCAUUGGCGUGCGCCACCAAAACUGUACGCAUUCCUUCGGAUCUCUUCCUGCAUGAGUGCACCGCAUAAUAUUCUGCAUGAUAGGAUCUCUCCUUCCCAGUGUAAGAAUUUCACUUUUGCCAAGUUUCCCCCCCAUCAUUCACUUCUUGGUGCUUGCAAGUCUCCUGUAAAAUGCCUUUUGUAAAUAUGUAUUAAGAGCAGAAGGAUGUUUCAGUGGCUCCAGUCACGUAGCUGCACUAUACUGGCUCAAGUUCCCGAGCUGCAUUUCCGAAUGAUGGCUGGAAAGUGGCAUCGUGGACCUGAGCACUGCGCUGGACCACGCUCGUCAGUCCACGGCCUGACUAAGAUGUGCGCACUCGUCCUCGGUGUUGAUUAAUGUUCAAAGCAGGGAGAUUAUUCUUUCCUAUUGUUAUGAGCACGAACUCAUAAGAAUGUUCAAAGGAACAGGAAUUUUACCACCGUACGCAAGUGGCCAUAACGUAACUGUCAUACUCUAUUUCUUAAAGACAAAGGGCUGAGACUUGUAAACCACUGACUCCAAUAUUUGUUUUAUAUACCGUAUAAAAACAUUGUGUGCUUACUGUAUGGAGGAAAGAAAAAGCGUAACUGCAGCUGCAGGACCUGAAAAAUGUAAAUUCAGAACAAUACGGACAUUGAGAGCUGGUUUGCUCUGCUUGUUCAGGGAAGAGUUGACCAUAUAACACACCUGAGUGGGUGAAGUCACGCAGUAACAAAGCCAACAUUGUAAAAAAGAUGUUCCCUUCCUCUUUGGUUUCUUUUCAGCAAGCUAACUGUGACGUCUUAAUU